UUUUUUUUUUUUUUUUUUUGGUUCUUUUUUUCGGAGCUGGGGACCGAACCCAGGGCCUUGCGCUUCCUAGGUAAGCGCUCUACCACUGAGCUAAAUCCCCAGCCCCUAGGAUGAGGGUCUUAAAGCCCAAACCCACAGUGACACACCCACUCCAACAAGGCCACACCCAUUCCAUCAGGGCCACACCCUCUAAUAGUGCCCAUCCCUGGGCUGAGCAUAUAAAAAUCACUACAGUUAAUAUAACUAUCGAUUUGACAGGAUCAAGUCCCCUAGGAGACUAAUCUGGGAUAGUUUCUAGACUAGGUUGAAGUGGGAAGACUCACCCUAAACAUGGGUGGCAACAACUCAUGUUACCCAUGGUUACCAGGGUCUCCGACUGAAGAGGAGGAGGCAGUAAACAGAGAGCAGAGUCUCAUUUGUCUUACACAGUCCUGGCUGCAGAUGUAAUGGGAAUGGCUGCCUCAUGCUCCUGCCACCAUGCUAGACUGUCCUCUCAGACUGUGAGCCAAGAUAAACCCGAGGUGGGGAGGGGUCAGAGAGACAGAGACAGAGAGGACAUGUGGAGAGGUUGGAGGACAACUUUUGGGAGUCAGUUCUCUCCUUCCAUCAAGUGGGUUGCAGGCAUAGUUGUCAUCAGGCUUGGUGACAAGCUCCUUUACCCACUGGGCCAUCCCCUGGUCCUGCUGGAUGUACUUAAAGCUAUUUCAUUCUAUUCCUUUGAAAAAUAUCUUAAAGAUUAUUAUUUUAUUUUAUGUAUAUGAAUGUUUUAGCUGCAUGUAUGUAUAUGUGCUGUGUAUGUUUGAUGGCCCUGAAGGUCAGAAGAGGGUGCUAGGAACACAACCUGGGACCUCUGUAAGAGCAGUAAAUGUUCUCUAUCAUCUGUUGAAACAUUUAUGUAUAUAUAUGUAUAUAUAUGUAUAUAUGUAUAUAUGUAUAUGUAUAUUUUGUCUGUGGUGGUUUGAAAGAAAAUGGACCCUUAAAGAAUGGCACUAUAGGAAGUGUGGACCACUUGUUAGAGAAAGUGGUCACUGGGGUGGGCCUUGAGGUCUCAGAUGCUCAAUUCAAACGUAUUGUAUGCAGCCUUUUACGUUCACUGCUAGUGUACCCAGACGUAGAACUCGAAGCACCAUCUCCAGCCCCAUGUCUGCCUGCACUCUGCCACGCUCCCACCAUAACAGUAACGGACUGAACCCCGGAACCUGUAAGCCAGCUCCAAUUAAAUGUUUUGCUUUAUAACAAAAUAUGUCAUAGAGUCAAGACAAGGCCAAAGCCUAAUAUGCAAUAUUACAUUAUCUUUUGCUGGGAUUUCAAGGUUGUGUACUACAGAAAGUUUAAAGGGGGAAUAACAAUCUCCCACCCCACUAUUGGGGAUUGAAACUAGAUCUGAGCAAGAUGCUCAAGUAUUUUACUGUUGAUGUUGGUACCCCCAACCAUCCCAGUUAAAAAUAGUUAAUACAGCAAUACAAUUCAUAGGAACAGGAAACAGAAUGGUUUCCAGUGGCCAGAAGGAAGAAAUGGGGAAUUAUUGCUUAAUGGGGACAGGGUUUCCGUUCAGCAAUGUGAAAAAGUUCUAAAACCUGUUGUACGAACAAGGUAUGUAGUUUAUACUUUAAUACUUACAUUUGAGGUUGUACUUUUAGUGUACUUUUAAAAAGGCUUAUUUAUUAUGUUCACAGUGUUCUGCCUGAAUAUAUGCUGCACACCAGAAGAGGGCGUCAGAUCCCAUUACAGAUGGUUGUGAGCCACCAUGUGGGUGCUGAGAAUUGAUCUCAGGACCUCUGGAAGAACAGUCAGUGCUGUCGACCUCUGAGCCACCUCUCCAGCUCCCUCGUUUAAAUAUACUUUUAAAAGUAUCCUUCUACACUUAAAAGUUGUACUUUUUAUUUUACUUUUAAAAGUUUCCUUUGAUACUGUACAUUCAAAAGCUGGAUUAAAAGUCAAAAUUGGGGGUGGUUUCAGUGGUUAGAGCACUGGCUGCUCUAGGUUGAAUUCCCAGCACCCACCUGGAAACCCUCUUCUGGCUUUUGCAAGUGUGUGUACAUGGUAUACAGACAUACAGACUGGCAAACACACUCAGAGAAAUUAAAAGAAAUCUUUAAAAUAUUGUAUUAGGUUUCCUCGUAUUUUGCCUGCAUGUAUGUAUGUAUCAGGUCAUGCUGUUGUCCACUGAGGUCAGAAGGAGUCAGAGACCCUGGACUUGUAGUUGUUACAAGUCCUCUUUAUAAGUGCCGAGCCAUCUCUCUAGUCCCCUAUCCCCUCACCCCCACCCCCCAGUAAAUCUAGAUGUGUUUGUGUGAGUGUACUUGUGUGCACUGGAGGCUGGAGACAGGCGUCUUCACCAAUCCUUCUCUACCUUUUUUUAGUUUUGAGGCAAGGGUCACAUUGUGUGACUCUGGCUAGCCUGGAACUUGAUAUUUAGAUCAGGCUGGCCUCAAACUCAAAGAGAUCGGCCUGCUAAUGUCUCAAACGACGUAUACCACCGUACUCACUGCCACCUAGUUUUCAAGACAAGGUCCUCGCUAAACUUGGAUUUUGCUGAUUUGGCUAGACCAGCCCCAAGGAUCUUCCUGUUACUGCCUUCCCUGUUCUGGGAUUCCGGGUGUGAACUGUCACAUUUGGCUUUUUUGGGAGGGAUGGGGGUUGGGGGGGUGAGACAAGAUUUCUCUGUGUUGCCUUGGAUGUCUUGGAACUUGAUUUGUAGACUAGACUGGCUUCAAACUCACAGAGAUCCCCCUGCCUCUGCCUCCUGAGUGCUGAGAUUAUAUGAGUGUACCCAUGUGCGUGCGUGUGUGCGCGUGUGCGUGUGUGUGUGCAUGUGUGUGUGUGUGUUGGGAUGUCUUGUUAUAUUAUCCGUGUUGACCUUGAACUCCUGGGGUCUAGAGAGCCUUCUGCCCUAGUCUCUCAAAUAGCAUGGACUAUAUAGGUGUGUGGCACUGGAAAUGGCUAAAAUUCUCUCACCAUUUUUUUCUAGAUACAAUUUCAUAUAAUCCAGACAGGCUGAUAGCCAAUUGGCACUCAGGAGAGGAAGAAGAUAACCCUGACUUUCUGACCUUCCUGCUCUUCCCUCUCCAGUACGGAAUACAAGAGUAUACCUCCACACCUAGUGUUUUUAUGGUGCUGGAGUCUAAACCCAGGGCCUCAACACAAUCCCAACCUAACCAAAUCCUCAUUCCCCUUUUUGAGUUUCUUUCUUCUUUCUUUUUUCUCUUCCUUCUUUCCUUUCUUUUUUGAUCUCACUCUGUAACACUAGCUGGCCAAGGGGUUCAUCCUGCCUCAGCCUCCUAAGUGUUAGAUCCCAGAAGUGCACCCCAUAUUCAGUUUUUCUCUCCUUUAUUGACUUUUGGUACUAGAGUUGGACUUGGGCUGAAACAGUCUGGGGGGGGGUCUUUAUUGGCUUCAUUCUGUCUGCCAAGGAAAGAAUAAAAGGGCAGGAACAUUUGAGUGCUACAGAUAGCAUAGGAGAACGGUCAAAGCCCUCAAACAGGAGUAGACAAGAGCUAGCAGUUGAAGAAUGGUGCUAUUGGGGGUGAGGAGACACCUGCAUGCACAGGGAAAAGACCCUCUGCUUUGCAGGGGUCAAGGGAUUCUGGCCAGCUGGAGUGGUGAGCACGACUCUGGUAGGCCCUGCUAAAAACUGUUGGACUGCAUUCCAAAAGCUGGUCCCCAAGGUCUAUUCCCUUUAUUUGACCACUUCCUCUUCCUGAGGCUGACUACCAAGGUCCAUCUAUCAAAGUACUGAAGCCCAGCAAUCAAAAGCCCCCUUCGGCUCACCUAAUUAACAUGCCCAAUUAAAAUCGAACACCUCAUCCCAACACUCCCAUUUGCCAUUUUCCUGUGUCACCUUUGUCUCAACCUAUCAGGAGACAGUCUUUGAUCCUCAGGGGACAAAUAUCCUGCCCUCUCUUCCUUGUUCCCUUCCCCUUCUCCCUAGUUCUCUGUUUCCUAGCUUUGUCUUUUAUUCCCUGCCCUCUGUCCCUCUGGAGCAAAUCUCUGUGCUAAGAAUUUGGUCUCAGAUCCUGAGCUGAUAGUUUUUCUGUAUGAAAGGCCACUUGGGAAUGCAAGAAACCCAGUAUUUUCUGGAGGGCUGGACAUUUUAAAGUCUUUAAAUAGUUUUCCUUCCCUAAUUUAGAGUUGAUCAGUUUAAAGAAAGAUCUGAUGCCCAUGAGUGUUGUGUAAACAUGCCCUGUCCCAGCUAUAAACUUGUUGAACCAGUCCAUCAGCAUGGGCUGGCUGGCUGGAGACAGGCCUACAAAGUCUUGGUUUUAAGGGUUUUUGUCUCAGCCCAAGAAGGUGAGAAAGAAGCCAGGCCACCUUGGAAGCUGGGCAUCUUUAUUACCUAGUCAUGGCCCAUCUCCCUAUCUGUCUGCCUCCUAGGGAGUCUCAGAACCUUACCCAUGCCUGCAAAGUGCUAUACCACCAGGCCACCUUCCCAGCCUCAGCCCUGGGUCUUCAGUUCAGCAGUCUGACAAAGUUUGCUUGAGCUGAGCCAAGAGCUGCAGCAGGAUGCGUGAGCUUCCCAGCUGGGUGUGCAUGCAUGCGUGCAUGCGUGCGUGCGUGUGUGGCUUGAGUACUUCCACCAUGAUCCCCUCCUUUUACAAGGGAAUCAUGGGGAUUUUCUUCAAGGGCCUGUGUAUAGUUCUGUCUAUUUAAGGUCUUGGAACAAACAAAGGGUGGAACCUGCACCCCUCUCUCAUUCUUGUAGUUUUCCAGUUGCUUCCUCUAAGGCAGUCAAUCUAACCAACAAAACAGGCUUUUGAAGUUCUGUAAUGAGACAAAGCUAGGUUUCGUCAAGAAGAAAAUUAUUUUAUCAAAUUUCUGAGAUAAGGUCUCUGGAGGAGCCCAUUUUGUAGCUGAGGCUGGCACUGAACAUCCUCUUUCUACCUACAGUGUGGAGGUUGGUUCCACAUGCCCAGCUCUUACCACCGAUUUACUGACGGAUUUAUAUGUGCUACCAGCCCUAUGCUUUCAGCUACAGCACAUGAUUUGUGCGGUACGAGGGGGUAGUAUAAAUAUAUCUGAACAGACAUGUGGAACGUUAGGGUUGCAGACAAUGAAGCGAAAUUAAAGUCAUUCGAUCCGCUUUACUGUUAGGUCCUCUUAAGAAUGGCUUUAAAACCCAGCCAGCGCAUGCUGACGGACUGAUUCGAUAACUUCAUUCACUGGACAAGCAGCACAGGUGCUUAUUUAACAUAUCGAAGUAGACCUGGCCUCCAGGUUCUCCCACAAUCCCUCAGUCCCUAUUAUUACAAGGUAGGUCUGGCAUGAUCCCCUUCCCCUCUGUCUCCUGAGCUUCAUAGCCUAGGGGCUAGGCUGCCAUUUCCCCAAGAGGUUCUUCCCUAUUUAAUCUAGACAUUUUGGUUAGCUGCCUCCCUGCCUAUUUUGCUCUCUUUUUGAACCUUUGGCCUCCUGGUUGCUGUACUCGGCUCCCCUCUCUAUUUUUCCAACCCCUCUCUCCAUGCAUGGUUUCAGGAUCAUGAACAUUUGGGAAUCACCCAGAUGUGUCUACUCCUCCAGCAUAUAUGUAGGAGCAGUCAUGUCUUUUCCUUUUAUUUUUUUUAUUCGUGUGUGUGUGUGUGUGUGUGUGUGUGUGUGUGUGUGUUUCUUGUGCUUUUUUCACUGUAUUUGCUUUUUAAUCUUUUUUGUUAAAAUAAUGGUGGCAGGUCUCUAAUCCCAAAACUCGGGAGUCAGACAGAUCUCUUGAGUUUGAGGCCAGCUUGUGUACAGAGCAAAUUCCAGAACAUCCAGGGCUACACAGAUAGACCCUGGACUCAACGAAACAAAAACCCAGAAAUAACUUUGCUACUUUUUUGUUUUUUUUUUUCCGGAGCUGGGGACCGAACCCAGGGCCUUGCGCUUCCUAGGUAAGCGCUCUACCACUGAGCUAAAUCCCCAGCCCCCAACUUUGCUACUUUAUGUUUUGCCUGCAUGUAUGUCUGUGUACUGUCAGGUGUGCCUGAUGCUCUCAAAAUCAAGAUGAUGUUAUUGGAUUCCUGAAAUUGGAGAUACAGAUGGUUGUAAGCUACUAUGUGGGUGCUGGAAUUGAACCUGAGUCCUGUGUAAAAGCAGCAAGUGCUCUUAGCCACUGAGCACUUAAUCUCCAGUCCUUUAUUCACUCUUCUCCUCUUCCCUUUUCUCCUGUUUGUUUCGUAUAGAAAGAGGUUUAGAGUUGGAUAGGUGGAGAGGUAGGGAUGACCUGGGAGGGGAAAAUGUGAUCAGAAUAUACUGUAUGAAUUUUAAAUAGAAAACAGUAUCACAUAGACAACAUAUGACCUGUAAGGUAUACUACAUAGGAGUGACUUAAAAGUGACAUCGGGAAUGUGAGAAGCUGGUGUGCUCCUUUAUUACAUGGGCUUUUCCCUCCCAGGAAAUCUAAAGCUAAUCACUUUCCUGCCCUGCUUCCCCUUCCAUUGUACUCCAAGUUAAGGAGAGAAAAGAAUAGGAAUACAAAUGCUUAUAUUCUGGUAGAGGAAUUAAGUGUUCUAGAAACCCUUCCCUUAAGAUAGAUCUUUCCUGUAUUCCAGGUUGGCCUUGAAUUCUCCAUUCCCCUUCAGCCUCUCACAUGCUGACAUGGGGAGUUCCUUCCUGCAUGAUCACAAACAUUGAGACUCCUCUCAAGCUUUUCUCUAAACCUAUGGGUUCUAAUCAUUCCAUUUUGUACCUUCACAGCCAACUAUUAAGAUGAAAUUUAACACUUCAUCACAUACCUCCAGUUUUGUUUGUUUGUUUGUUUUUUUUCCCGGAGCUGGGGACCGAACCCAGGGCCUUGCGCUUGCUAGGCAAGUGCUCUACCACUGAGCCAAAUCCCCAACCCCUAUACCUCCAGUUUUUUAAAGAAAGAUUUAUUUAUUCUAUGUAUGUGCACAAUAGCUGUCUUCAGACACACCAGAAGAGGGCAUCAUAUCUCAUUAUAGAUGGUUGUGAGCCACCAUGUGGUUGCUGGGAAUUGAACUCAGGACCUCUGGAAGAGCAGUCAGUGCUCUUAACAGCUGAGCCACUUCUCCAGCCCCCAGUUUUGGCUUUUCAAGACAAGGUUUCAUUGGUAUUCCUGCCUGUUCAUGAACUCACUCUGCAGACCAGACUGGCCAGCAACUCAAGGGACCCUCUGGAGUACUGGUAUUAAGGAUGUGUGCCACCACUGCCUGGCUAGUCUUCUUUUUAAAGAAUUUUUUUUGCAAUUUUGUUCUUUUGUGUAUGUUUUGCCUGUGCAUCAUGUGUGUUCAGUGCCCAAGGAGGCCAGAAGAGGAAGUCAGAUUCUCUAGAACCGGAGUUGCAGAAGGCUGUGAGCUAAGUGGGUGCUAAGACCUGAAUCUGGAUCCUCUGGAAGAACAGCUAGAGCUCAUAACGACUGGGUCAUCUCCCAAGCUCCCUAACUAGUGUUUUAAGUGUCAUAUUUAUUGACUGUGUGUAAGGGUUUUAACAAAUUGGGGCCUUUCCCCAAAGUUAAUUGAAAAUACCCUAAUAUACUCUGAAUUUUCCAUACUUUCUCUUUUCCACAAACUUUCAUUCCUAUUUCAUGUGGCUUUAUCUAGGAAUUACGGGCCCAUUCGAGAAUACCCAUUUAUUAUUUCUGCAAUGAGUAAAAAGAUAUCAAAUUAGUGGCUUAGAUGGAAUGCACAGGUACAUGCUCCUACCCCAUUUUUCUUUAAACUAGCAUUCUCAUUAUCUCUAAACAAAAAGGUAUUAUAGAAGACUGCAUCUGUCACUUCGUUUAAAACGAAAAUUCAAACUCCACAGCAGCUCAGGCUGCCUUUGAACAUGAGAUCCUCCUGCCUCUAUACAUAAAUUACCGAGUCUAAUGAGAUUGUGGCGCAGGCAAGCGGAUCUAAUCUAAUUCCAGAGCUCGUUUCAAGACAGCCAAGGCUACAGAUAAACUCUCAAAAAACCAAACCAAAACAAACAAACCAUCCCCAAAAAACAAAGCAAAGGAGAAAAAGAAGGAAGAAAAAAGAAAUUGUACGGAAGAAAAAUCUCCGCGAAAAGAGGAACAAGAAACGGAACCCAUACUGCGGGGCAGCUUUGGAGGCUACCGGAGACCACCGCCCAUUGCUUUCGUCACAAUCCGCCGCCGCGCCGGCCCUGGUUGCCAUAGCGGCCCGAGCUGGCGACCACCGCCCCCGCCCUGCCGUGGGCGGUGACCCGCCGGCCCGCUGAGAGCCGCGCAAUGCCGCGGGACUGCGGCUCCGGGGGUGGGGGCUUCACGGUGCAUCACGAGCCUCACUGGGGCCUAGUUCCAUGAGGCCUGCGCACCCCGGGACUGAUACCAGAAGACGGCGCGGGACCAUCGCUCUGCGGCCUAGACGGAGACGGAGUGUGAGGCGCGGCGGGCUCAGGGCAUCUGAGGGCUCUCUCCGGGCGUCAGGCUCAGGGCCACCGCCGCCGCCACCUCGGCUCCUGCGGGCGCUGUCGCCUCUCCCGCCCACCCCUCGCCAUGUCCGAGGAGCUUUCGGCGGACACGUCCUACACGGAAGAUGAUUUCUACUGCCCAGUCUGUCAGGAGGUGCUCAAGACGCCGGUGCGGACCGCGGCCUGUCAGCACGUUUUCUGUAGAAAAUGUUUCCUGACUGCAAUGAGAGAGAGUGGAAUACAUUGUCCCCUAUGUCGCGGAAGUGUGACUAGAAGAGAAAGAGCAUGUCCGGAACGGGCCAUAGAUCUUGAAAAUAUCAUGAGGAGGGUUUCUGGUAGCUGCAGAUGCUGUUCAAAAAAGAUUAAAUUUUAUCGCAUGAGACAUCAUUACAAAUCUUGUAAGAAGUAUCAGGAUGAAUAUGGUGUCUCUUCUGUCAUUCCAAAUGUUAAGAUUUCUCAAGAUUCAGUAAGGAGCAGUAAUAGGAGUGAAACAUCUGCAUCUGAUAACACAGAAACUUAUCAAGAGGAUACAAGUUCUUCUGGGCAUCCCACCUUUAAGUGUCCCUUAUGUCAAGAGUCAAAUUUCACCAGACAACGUUUAUUGGAUCACUGUAAUAGUAACCACCUGUUUCAGAUAGUUCCUGUGACAUGUCCUAUUUGUGUGUCUCUUCCUUGGGGAGAUCCUAGCCAGAUUACUAGAAAUUUCGUUAGUCAUCUAAAUCAAAGACAUCAGUUUGAUUAUGGAGAAUUUGUGAAUCUUCAGCUAGAUGAGGAAACCCAAUAUCAAACUGCUGUGGAAGAGUCUUUCCAAGUUAACAUGUGAUGUGUGUAGACAUCUCUGCCUCCUUGCUACCUACAAGUGCCAUCUUUAAGGAGAAGACAUGAAGUCACCGUUUUCAGUAAUUUGCUGUGCAUAUUAAUAAAAAUAAUAAUUCAGUCUA